CGGUCUUCCGCUUCUUUUCUUUCCUAGUUGUUGAUAUGAAUGCCGCUGACACUCUGCAGAUUUUUGCCGAUUCAUUUUUAAUGCUUUUUUGUACUCGUCAUUACUUCCAAUGUUCCCUUUCUCUACUUCCGCAAUCUCUUCAUCUUCAUCUUCCAUCUCCAAGACAAGGAGAAGAAAGAGAAGUCUGUGUGAGAUGGCAGGUUUCAGCGGUGACGAAACUGCUCCUUUCUUUGGCUUCCUCGGAGCCGCUGCUGCCCUCGUCUUCUCCUGUAUGGGAGCUGCUUAUGGAACUGCAAAGAGUGGAGUAGGCGUGGCUUCCAUGGGAGUCAUGCGACCUGAGCUGGUCAUGAAAUCCAUUGUUCCAGUAGUUAUGGCUGGAGUGCUGGGUAUUUAUGGUCUAAUUAUCGCUGUUAUUAUUAGUACUGGAAUAAACCCCAAGGCUAAAUCAUACUAUCUCUUUGAUGGCUAUGCCCACUUGUCAUCUGGCCUUGCUUGUGGCCUUGCUGGACUCUCUGCUGGAAUGGCAAUUGGAAUUGUUGGUGAUGCUGGAGUUCGGGCGAACGCCCAGCAACCAAAGCUGUUUGUGGGUAUGAUUCUUAUAUUGAUCUUUGCUGAAGCUCUUGCCCUCUAUGGCCUUAUCGUGGGUAUCAUUCUCUCAUCCCGAGCAGGCCAAUCUCGUGCUGAUUAGUUGGGAGGUUAAGUUUGUUUAGAUCGUGGUCCAAAUUUUAUGUAUUUGGAGUUGUUUGAGCGAAGCUUUUUCCGGUGAUUUCAUUUAUUUUAGCUGCCAACUCCCCUUUCCGAAAUCUGAAUUCGGUCAGUUUUAUCUUGUAUUUUCUUGCGGAAUCGUUUAUUUGGAUGGAUUGAUAUUGAAGUCACGCUAGUUUUGUUGAACAUCCAAAAUAUUCCUUUAAACGACCAAAACAGUCGUUGAUGUACCUGUUUAUGCUGUCGUGUGAAUUCACAAAUUUCUUGAUAUGUUUGGAAA